UAUGGCUAGUGGUGGUUCUGGCAAAUCGGCUAGCGAGGGAUCGACCAGCACACCCGGCGGCAGUUUGCAGCAGAGAAAGCGCCUCUCCUCCAUCUGUGACACAUGUAAGGGCAAGAUGCAGCUGGUGGCCGACCUCCUCCUGCUGGCCAGCGAGACGCGGCCGGUCAUGACCUCCGAGGGUUUGGCGGUGGGCGACACGUUCGACCAGUGCCGCGACACGGUCAUCGCCCGGACUAAAGAACUCUCCAUACUUACCCACGAUAUCCAGAGCCAGCUCAACAUGGGCCGCUUCACCGAGGUGGGGGACCGCCUCCUGGAGAUGGCCGACCUCGUGGUGUCCUUGACCGAGUGCUCUGCCCACGCCGCGUACCUGGCGGCCGCGGAGACGCCCGGCUCGCAGCCCUGCCUGCCAGGUCUUGUGGACCGAUACAAGGUGACCCGCUGCCGGCACGAGGUGGAGCAGAGCUGCGGCGUCCUCCGAAUCACACCCCUGCUAGACCUCACCCCCCAGGUCCUCCUCGAGCUCUCGCAAAACAUCUCCACCAACCUCAAGACUCUGACGGACAUCUCGUCGCUGGCCAGCGAGAGGUCCAGGGAUCGCUUUGCGAAAGAGCAGUUCAAGCUGAGCGUCAAGAGCAUGAGCACAAGCGGCACGGCCUUCCUGGCCUGUGUGAAGGAGGUGAAAACGCAGCCCAGCGAGCUGACCAGGAACCGCUGCGUCCUCUUCAGUGCUGCCCUGGUCCAGGCUGUCAGCGCCCUGGUUGGGUUCGCCACAGAGCCUCAGUUCCUGGGGAGAGCUGCGAGUAUCUCCACUGAAGGGAAGGGGGUACAGACUGCAGUUUUAGGGGGGGCCAUGAGUGUGGUUUCAGCCUGCGUCCUCCUCACUCAGGGCCUCAGGGACGUCGCCCAGCAUCCGGAGAGCAGCUCCAAAAUGGCAGACUACCGGGAGCGUCUGCGCAACUCGGCUUGCGCCGUGUCCGACGGCUGCACCCUGCUCACUCAGGCACUCAGAGAACGCUCCUCUCCAAGGACUCUGCCGCCAGUCAACUCUCAUUCUGUGAAUUAGGCUAGGAAGAGGCAACUUAAUCACCACCCUCUGUCCUAAUCCAACGUACCAAAGAGACUCAAUUGGGUUGUCCCAGUUCAUCAGGUUUAGAGUCAAGAGUAACAUCAUACAAAGGCUGUGGUUCUGUCCACGUGGGAGAAAGUGUGUUGGAACGCGAAGAAGCACAAAAAUCUUCCGCUGCGGGGUUUCGCGUCGCGCUGGAUGCGACUCGAGCCGCAUUGGAAACUGACUGUUUGACCCGGCCGCGCCCGACAGCCCGCUCUCACCAGCAGCCUUCGAAACCUGAAAAGUUUACCUCAGUUUUUCAGCUCCGGUGGAAACACCAGUCCUGAUGAUGGAUGUAGCCUCGCUGUGUAAACCUAUGGUUAGCUGACCUGCUCAGUUACACGUGCUUUGUGAGAUUGGAUGAGAGUGAUCUGAGUGUCUCAAUGGUUGCUGUUUUUUUUGUUUUUUUUCAACAUGUGUGAAUUCGUAAUUGGUAAAAAAAAAAAGCUGCUGUGAGUGUGUUGCCAUAGGUUUUACACUAUUUACCAGAUGUCGCAUAGUAUUUUCAAGUGUUUUGAUCAUGCAUGUAAUGGAGUAUUUAUUUCAACUAUUAAAAAUGUUGUUUCUGA